GCAGUUGUUCUUUUGCGCCGUACUCAUCUUCUGGUCUUCGAGGAUUUGUCUGGCAGGAAUCGUCAUCGGGUUCGAAGUUGCAGCAACUUCCGCUCCACAUCGUAUAUCGGAGCCGUGCAUACUGACUUUCAUCCAAGCGACUGCAUGCUGCAACCAAUCGCCAUGGAGGAACCAACCGCUGGCACGCCUCUUCAGACGCUCGAUUAUGCCAACGCAAAGGACUGGCUGGAUAUUAUGAAGAACAGAUCCAAAUUACGCAUGCAUGAGCUUAUCGAACGCCUGGGGCUCCGCGCCAAAUGGAGUCAGAACAAGCGCGGUAAAACGAAUUUCGAAAGCGCUUUGGUCAGAGAUCUGGUAACGGAUAUGGGAGAAGUCGUGUCGACGCUCCCGAAAGACUCUGAUGAAUUAAUUCAAUAUUUAUCGGAAGACGGAAGCAUGAGCCAGCAGGUAGAAGAAUUACUGCAAAAGCAUGGUUCAGCAAUAUGGGGCCGCCUCGCCGGCGAGAACAGGGAGCAUCUCAUCACCGCUGGCGAGGAAGGCAUCGAAGAAGGAGUCUACCCGACGGAUCUGUAUUAUGAGAAUGAAGAAGACAGGACCACCAUCCGGCGUCUACUUCAUUGGUGGCUUGGUAUGAAAGCGAUCAAUGUCAUUCUAGCGCGUGAGCGUCUUGAUCGAGAGCGCAAGAAGAAAGAGGACAACAAGAAGGCUCGAAUAGAUUUCGACCCUCAAGAUACUCCUUCCUCCUCAUUCGUUGCGCUAGCGCCGAAUUCAGCAAUCCCCUUGAUGCCAACACUCAACACAAACCUCGAGCCUCCACGGCACAUGCAGUUUUAUCAGGUCGAGAACCUAUCACGAGAUAGCCCCAUCUCGACCACCAUGGUCACACCGACCGACUCAAAUGGAAGCCCAAUUGUAGCUGCUAGAGGCAGCAUGGGUAACGGGGAUGCGAAUGGCAGCCAUCUAAACCAAGGUACUUCUACGAACGGCUAUGCUAACGGACAUGCCAACGGGCAUGCGAAUGGAACUCUUACAGCGAAUGGUCUCAACGGUCACGCGGAAGGACAAUGGGGCGUCAACGGAUCUCGCAACGGAAGUACUUCAUCGCAAGCAGCUUCCUCUUGGUCUAUGGCACACGCUUCACAACCAGCAGCGGUAGACCGUAGAAGAUCAUCAUUAGCUACAGAGAUCACAUCACAACCUCCACCAGCCACAUCGGCAUCCUCAGCCGCCGUACGACAGUUUGCCGCAGACAUGUCGCAGCUCGUAGCUACCACGACAUCGUUUAGGGUCGCAGCCAGCGAGAACCAUAUCCCCAGUGGCGAAGAAGGGGCCCGGAGUGCUACUAACGAACCCUAUCGCGGGCUUGAUGAGGACACCCUUCAAGCGCUCCGAGCCUAUAUUUACCACGAGGAAACCAGUGUCCAGUGGGACGAGGAGGCGCUACUCCUUCGUAUCGAGACAAUCUGGCGAACGGGUGUGCGAUCAGAUCGCAACAUCAUCAUGGACAAUCUCCAAGCAUUCGUGGCGAGAGAGCGCGCCCUUCUAACUUGGAUCGAAUUGAAACGGCAUCUAGCCGAUCUUGACCGCGCUGACAAACGCUGGCGCGAAGAGGGCACUUCGGCGCCCGAAAUCGAGCGGCGCAUCCAGCAGCACCGCACGCUCAUGAGCGCAACGCGCGAACUGCUGCGAGCCUAUCAAGACAUUGCGCCCAUCUCGUCGGGCCGCGAUAGCGAUAACGAUGAGCUGCUGCGUCAGGCGUUCGUGGUUCUUGCGGGGUCAAAGUACGCCGUUGAAAUGCAGUGGGCCAGCGUCGAAUUCGACGGCGUCAUGCGCUGGCUUGCGAACCACCUUGAGGGGUUCAUACGCGAUGAGGAGGAGCAGGGCGAAGGGAAGUAUUAUGUAGCGUGAGUCUAUGUGGGCGUGGAGGGUUUGCCUUUGCGACUGGUUACUCUAGGCGAUGGCGUUCCAAACUCAAUCCCCAAGAAUCAUCCGUGCGCCAAAAUCACUUGUAUCCGCUUCCUUUUGAUUUUCUUUCGAUCCUCUCUCUAAUCCAGCAAGCUCUUCGCUCGCUACAUGACGCGCGCUAGGAUGGAUGGAUGCAAUGGCAUCGCAAUCGCAUGGCACAGUAUAAACAGUGUAUAUACCUUACCUACAUACCUAGUUGUAAGUAGGUAGGGGUAUAUGCGUUUUGCGAUCU